AAGCCCACCAAGUUCACGAGCAUUCCCUUCUCUCUCGCACGCUCGCUCGCUCGAAUCCGCCCUCAUCCUCAAAAGCCCUAAUCGAGCUCGCUCGCCAUGCGAGUUCUCUACUAAUUGAUGACUCACGCGAAGCGCUCUAGUAACCCUAUCUCAUCCCCGACGAGCUCCUCAUCCCCAUCGAUGAAGAAGGCCAGGGCUCAGCACGCGGCCGGGGCGGCCGUCGGCGACGACGACGACCCGAUGCUCGUCGAUCAGGCCGGUGCCUCGGCGGCGAUCGCAACUGGGGUAGCUUCCAAUCUCUCGAGGAAGAAGGCUAUUCCGCCUCAGCCAACUGUGAAGAAGGCACUCAAGAUUAAGCUCAAUAAAGAUAAGCCCAAGUUGCCUCCAAACUUCGAAGAAGAUACUUGGGCAACACUAAAGUCUGCUAUCACAGCUAUAUUCUUGAAGAAGCCAGAUCCCUGUGACUCUGAGAAGCUUUAUCAGGCUGUCAAUGAUCUUUGUAUUCAUAAGAUGGGAGGAAACCUUUACCAACACAUUCAAUCGGAAUGUGAAGUACACAUCUCCUCAGCACUUCUGUCAUUGGUAGGCCAGAGCCCGGAUUUGGUGGUGUUUCUAUCGCUGGUAGAGAAAUGCUGGCAGGAUUUCUCAGACCAGAUGUUGAUUAUUCGUAGCAUAGCCUUAUACCUUGAUAGAACAUAUGUGAAACAAAACAGUGGCGUUGAUUCACUGUGGGAAAUGGGGUUGAAGCUGUUUGAAAAGCAUCUCUCCAACAAUAAAGAAGUGUUGCACAAAAUUGUUACAGGCCUUCUGAGAUUAAUUGAGAGGGAGAGGUUGGGUGAAGCUAUUAACAAGGCACUACUUAAUCACCUUUUGAAGAUGUUUACUGCUCUAGGAAUUUAUGUGGAGAAAUUUGAGAAACCAUUUCUUGAAAGCACUUCUGAAUUUUAUGCUGCAGAAGGUGUGAAAUACAUGCAGCAGUCAGAUGUUCCAGAGUAUUUGAAACAUGUAGAGUUAAGGUUGCAUGAAGAGCAUGAAAGAUGCUUGCUCUACUUGGAUGCUAGUACAAGGAAGCCACUUAUAGCAACAGCUGAAAAGCAACUUCUUGAACGCCACACAGCUUCCAUUCUUGAUAAGGGAUUCACAAUGCUUAUGGAAGCUAAACGUAUUGAAGAUCUCGAGAGAAUGUAUACUCUUUUCCAGAGAGUUAAUGCUCUUGAAUUACUAAAGCAAGCGUUGGGCUCGUACAUUCGUGGUACUGGGCAAGGUAUUGUCAUGGAUGAAGAAAAAGAUAAAGAUUUGGUUGCAUGCCUCUUGGAAUUCAAGAUGUCCCUUGAUAUGACAUGGGAAGAGAGUUUCUUCAGAAAUGAAUCAUUUUCACAAACCAUAAAGGAUUCAUUUGAGCACCUGAUUAAUCUUCGACAGAAUAGACCUGCUGAGCUAAUUGCAAAGUUUCUGGAUGAGAAGCUUCGUGCUGGCAACAAGGGUACUUCUGAAGAAGAGUUGGAAGGUGUACUUGACAAAGUAUUGGUAUUAUUCAGAUUUAUACAGGGCAAAGAUGUUUUUGAGGCAUUCUACAAGAAGGAUCUUGCCAAAAGGUUAUUGUUAGGAAAGAGCGCCUCAAUUGAUGCUGAAAAGUCAAUGAUCUCGAAACUCAAGACCGAGUGUGGCAGCCAAUUUACUAAUAAACUUGAAGGAAUGUUCAAGGACAUUGAAUUAUCAAAAGAAAUAAAUGAUUCCUUCAAACAAUCAUCCCAAGCCAGAACAAAGCUUCCUACCGGUAUCGAGAUGAGUGUUCAUGUUCUCACAACUGGAUACUGGCCAACGUACCCACCCAUGGAUGUUCGGCUUCCUCAUGAAUUGAAUGUUUAUCAGGAUAUAUUUAAGGAGUUCUACUUAAGUAAGUAUAGCGGGAGACGGUUAAUGUGGCAGAAUUCAUUAGGUCACUGUGUUCUGAAAGCAAACUUUCCUAAAGGUAAAAAGGAAUUGGCAGUGUCAUUGUUCCAGACUGUUGUCUUGAUGCUGUUCAAUGAUACCCAAAAGCUUAGUUUUCAAGACAUCAAGGAGUCCACUAGUGUUGAAGAUAAAGAGCUAAGGAGGACUUUGCAGUCACUUGCAUGUGGAAAAGUUCGUGUGCUCCAAAAGUUCCCAAAAGGAAAAGAAGUAGAGGAUGAAGAUUCAUUUGUGUUCAAUGAUGAGUUCAGCGCUCCUCUCUACCGUAUCAAGGUAAAUGCAAUUCAGAUGAAGGAGACAGUAGAAGAAAACACAAGCACCAUGUCAGUAUCAGGCAGGAUUCAUGUUUGGAAAAAUACUGGAAUAUCACUGCUUUCCGCUUUGGCCAAAAUACAUGAAUGCCACUUCUUUUCGUGGAGUUGCUAUCAAGUUGAUGCAGCUAUUGUGCGAAUAAUGAAGACAAGGAAAGUACUCAGCCACACACUUUUAAUAACUGAGCUCUUCCAGCAGCUCAAAUUUCCAAUAAAGCCGGUAGACCUGAAGAAAAGAAUAGAGAGCCUUAUUGAUAGAGAAUACCUAGAGAGAGACAAAAGCAACCCACAGAUAUACAACUAUUUGGCAUAAUCCCUCGAGCCCGAGUGAUCUUUUUCUGUAUUAGAUAUAGGGUUUCCUUUUAGCAACAGCCAAUGUACAGUACAGAGGUUUUUGUUCCUCAAGAGAGACAUGUUGAAGUGUAAAUUUUAUAAUUUCCACUUUCCUGAGUUUGUGCUUGUUCUGGAUCAUAAAUUGUUGUCAAUCAAAAGUAAUAUGUGCUCUUUCUUCUUC